CACUCACCAAUCAUGUUCAUUAUCUAUUUAUUAACAUGAAUAUUAAGUUAUUUAGUCCAUUUUAUAUAGACUAUUUAGUGGGACAAUUUAUAUAACCUUUGGGUUAUAAUAAGCAAGGACACCAUAGAACUGGACCAAGCACCGAACUUUCGUAUACAUAAAUUUUGAAAUGAAAAUGCUAGUGCAGAUUACUCUAGCAUUGUCAGUUGUUGGAAUAGUGCUCUGCCGACCUAAUUAUCGAGAUGGAAUACCUAAUGGUUAUAGUGUACCGAAUAUGUGUGGAACCUCCGCUUUUUGGGAUCCAGUAGGACAUAUGAACCCUUUCCAUCACACUAGGAGCCAAAAUCCAUUUGGAGCUGCCUAUAGUGCGUCUGGAAGAUCAUGGUUAGCUAUUUGUAAUCAGGAUUCUGACAGAGAUGGCAAAACAAAUGGUGAGGAACUAGGAGACCCCAACUGUGUAUGGAGACCUGGUCAGACACCUGACAGUAGAGCAAUUGGACAUCCAGGUAUAUGUGAACCAGUUGGAAGUCAGAUAUGUUCAGGUCAAAACUUUAGAUGCGACUGUCUUGAACAUUGUUAACUGUGAUUUUUCACUGUAUAUCCAAUGUAGUUUUAAGAUUUAUUUCCAAUAAAUUUGUAGUUAAA